UUUUUUUUUUCCCUGGUAUUCCGCUUUUAUCUCCAAACUCUUUUUUUUUUUUUUAUUCUUAUAACCCAACAUAUAGCCAAGAAUGACCUUUAGUAAACAUCACCAUCCUUUGGAUCCUCUUGACGAAAAGGAAAUAACCCAAGCCGUGAGCAUAGUACGAAAAGCACGCGACGAUACUACCCAGUAUCUGUUUAGUUCUGUAUCAUUGUAUGAACCACCCAAAGAAAAGGUACUUUGUUAUCUCUCCCAAAAGACAGAAUUCAUCGAUCGUCAAGCCCAAGUUAUACUGGUGGAUCGACCAAGUGGCCAAAUACAUGACCUGGUGGUGUCGUUGACGGAAGAAACUGUGAAACGUUGGGAAAAGCCAUCGGAAGGUCAACCUACUUUUCAAGCCAUGGAAAUGAUUGAGGCCGAGAAAGUGAUACUCAAGGAUGCAAGAGUGAUUGAAGAAUGUGCCAAACUUGGGUUCAAGGAUAUGUCAUUGAUCUUUGUCGAUACCUGGAAUGUAGGGUUUCAUCCUGAAAGCCACAAGAGACGAUUGAUGCAAGGUGUAAUGUAUGCAAGAACUUCUAUGGAUGAUAAUCAAUAUGCUCAUCCUUUGGAUAUCUUUCCUAUCUACGAUGUCAAUACACAACAAGUGAUAGAAAUCGGUUAUGGAGUACCAAAAGGUAGUAAAUAUGAACGACCAACCAUUCCUUUGACCAACAGACAGUAUCUUCCUGAACAGCUGGGAAAAGAAAAUCUUCGUCAUGAUCUCAAACCUAUCGAUAUUACUCAACCUGAAGGUGUUAGUUUCAAGAUUACCAAUGACAGGGAAAUAGCAUGGCAAAAAUGGAAAUUAUUGAUUGGCUUUAAUUUUCGAGAAGGAUUGGUCUUACAUGAUGUGCGGUAUCAAGACGGUGAUAAUGAUCGUCCUUUGUUCUAUCGAAUCUCACUUUCGGAAAUGGUGGUUCCAUAUGGUAAUCCUUAUCAUCCGUACAACAAGAAAUUUGCCUUUGAUGCCGGCUUUUUUGGUAUUGGUAAUUGUACCAACUCAUUGAAAGGAUGCGACUGUUCUGGAACUAUCUACUACCUUGAUGCUACAUUAUGUGACGUACAUGGUAAGCCUUAUACGGUUCCCAAUGCUAUUUGUAUUCAUGAAGAAGAUUACGGUAUUUUGCAAAAACAUACUGAAUAUCGAUCUGGAAAGACUUAUUCUAUUCGAGCACGACGUUUGGUUAUUUCUCAGAUCAUCACAGCAGCCAAUUACGACUAUGGAUUUUAUUUUUACUUGUAUCAAGAUGGUAGUAUUCAGUAUGAAGUCAAGGCAACAGGAGAAUUGAACACGUGUGUAUUGGCGGAAGAUGAAGACCCUCGACCUUAUGGAACAACGGUAGCACCUCAAAUAGUGGGACAAUAUCAUCAACAUUUCUUUUGCAUGCGGAUUGAUCCAAUGAUCGAUGGAGAGCAAAACUCAGUAGCACAAGUAGACUUUAUCCCAUCUGAACAUCCAACAGGACAUCCAGACAAUCCAGCCGGCAAUGCGUUUUAUCCAGUGACGACGAUCUUCAAGAGCACAGAUCAAGCCAAGACCGAUGCAGAUGCAACCAAAGGACGGACAUGGAAGAUCAUCAAUGAAAGCAAGAUCCAUCCAUAUACCAAGGAACCAAUGGGAUUCAAACUGGCUUCUUACAAUACCCCUCCUUUGCUACCAAAACCUGAUUCCGUGGUUGCUCGUUGUGCUGCCUUUGCUACCAAGACAUUAUGGGUCACUCCGUACAAGGAUCAUCAGAUCUAUCCCGCUGGUUUUUAUUGUAAUCAAGAUCGACUCUCUUUGGGCUUACCGGUGUGGACAAAAGAAAACUUACCUAUUCAAAACAAGGAUGUUGUACUCUAUUUUACUUUUGGUUUGACUCAUGCUGUACGUGUAGAAGAUUUUCCUAUUAUGCCAGUUGAAACUUGUGGUUUUGUAUUAAAACCUGAUGGAUUCUUCCUUGCCAACCCUGCUCUUGAUGUUCCUCCUUUAGUCAGCUCCAAGACUGUACGUAUCAAUAUUACCACUAUGGAUGAUCAACAACUUUGUUGUUGACAGCCGUCAACCGAUGAGGAUUUUAGUUUUCCAUUCUUUUUACGUUAUCGUUGUGUGUGGAUAUAUAUGCGACAUUUUCACUCUUAUUGUGUUAUGAUAAUAAAAAUGUUUUUUAUUUGUUUGUUUGUA